GAAGAGAAUUGAAUGACAAUUUUCGUUGUUGUGCCGAAAUCACGCACAAUUAAAGAAAAUUCAAAUUGAAGAGGUUUUCACCGUUAUGUUAUACAUCUUUACGUGGUAUAGAAAAUUAUAUUUGGUUAAACUCUGAUCGUCUCUUCGUAUGAACCGAAUUUUCAGAAGAAUUUCAUUUGAUUUGCGAGGUUCUCUGCGGUUCAACUUUACGCAAGAUAAAGGAAUCAGAAAAUUUCCUCUCUCGAGCUCGACCAUGAGUGGCGAAGUUUUGGAUCAGCUGAAAGAUGUUGAAAUCGACCCCAGUGGAAGAUUCAAAUAUAUUUUAAUUGAAGUUGAAGACGAGAAAGGCAACAAAAAAUUCAUCGUAAGAGGAACUGCGCGAUGCAAUUAUCACGUGGAAAUAUAUAACGAAUUUUUGAAUUCAACGUCAAAUUUCCGAGACCGCUCGAGUGUUCCCGGUGGAGGAAGGAUUUUUCAUUCGCCGGAAAAGAAAACCAUACACAUAUACAGCGAAUCUCAACAAUUCGGAAAAGCUAAUCAUAAAGUAACGAAGAAUCUACUGCAGAAGCAUUACUCAGAUUAUAAUAUCGCGAUCACGAGAGAAGAAGAUGAACCUUUUGCUUAGACAAUAAGAAUUUGGCGUUCAAUUCAUAUGGGAGGGAUUUUCAGCUCAAAUGAUUCGAAGCAGUACUUGUACUUGCUACUUGUUUUUUAAUUAUUUUUACAAAACUAUCUUUACAGUAAGAUGUACGUACAUGAAGUAUUGACUGUUUUGUUGAAUUGUCUAUGACUUGAUGGCUAUUGUAAUUGUAACCAGAAAAGCUGAGCAAGAGCAAAUAUACGAAUACGUAAGUUUAUA